AACAGAACGUCGAUUUGCAAUUUUCAAGUGCUGUUGAAAAUGUAAAAUAUUGUUGAUCUUUUCAUCUUUAUUAUGUGAAGAAAUCUAGAUCGUUUGCUAAAUUUGACAAAGCAGUAAUGUAAGGCUUUCGUUCGGGCAAAGUUCGUCUCAUUUGGUCCAAAUUUUGACAGACAACUUUGGAUAUUUGUCGCAAGUUCUUGCAGUAUUGAGUAUUCUCAGCUCAAUUAAAGGUAUAAUUAUAAGGUUCUGUGUUAUUAUUUAGAAUCAUGACGAUGUUAGGCUCUGUUAUGUUGUAGAUUGAUUAAGGAAAGGCAAGAUAGUAUGUAUUAACGACAAUUAAUGGACACAUUUAGUACUGUUGCCAAAAGUGUAAGUGUAAAAACCACUUCAUAAUACACAAAUGGUAUUCCACUUUUGUGAAUGAUUUGAAGAAUGUCAAACUACCGGGAAGCUGUCAGCAAAUUCGUCACAACAUUCUUCAUGACAUUCGUCACGAGAUUAAAUAAAAAGAUAACCACAUCUGGUGAGCUUCCGAUUUCCCAUCAUUUAAAAGCAUUGAACUUAAACCCGACCUCACCAUAUAUGGUUGUUAUCUGUUUAUUUAAUCUUGUAGUGUUGUGACGAAUGUUGCAAACAAUGUCGUGAUGAAUAUUGUGAUGAAAGUUGUGACAACUUCGCAAUAGUUGUCAAUCCUUUAAUUAACCCAUUAAGCUGCAAUGUGCCCUUGUGGUGCUGUUGUUACAUGGACGAUUUUACUUGAGGGGUAAAAUUGUCUGGCUACAAUGUGCCCAAAUCCUUUUUUUUAUUUUACUCUGUCUAAUGCCAUAUUGUCUUACUCUGUCUAACGGCAGAUGAAUUAACUUGUCAAGGGGAGAGUCUUGCAUUGAUUUGCCCAUUUAUAACUGAUGUUUGGUCAUAGCUUUUACAAGAGAAGCCUUCUUUUUGCUUGUGGUUGUCAAUCUACUGUGUCCAGAGGUAUGGCCAUGGGGGGGGGGGCGUGGUCAGGACCAAUUUUGUAAUUCUUUUAAAAUUGAUGUGAAACUUGGGGGGGGGGGCAUAACCGCUUAAUGUUUUCAUCUGUGGCAUAAAAUAAGCCAAAUCUGUGGCUUUCAGAUAAAAUGUGACUAAAAUUCAUGAAAUAGUGUUUCGCAGACCCUAAAAUUAGAAACAUUUUUCACGGGGGCGUGCAUCUGACACCUGGACCAUUAUCCCACACCCCACGGCUGGACGAUUAGCCUUGUUUGGGGCUGGCUACACCCCUGACUAUAUCAAUUUAUUUCAACAACUUAGAUGAACUUAAUUUCAAGGAACUUAAUUUAAUAAAUGAACUUAUUUAUACAACAAUUUUUUAUUUAAUUCAGCUUUAUAAUUGUCAACACUAUGGAAUUGUCUGGCUUAAACAAAGCCCUUCACUCGCUGUACUGUAAGAAAAUCUCAGUAGAAAAGGAAGCCAGCACUCGGCAAGAAAUUGUCUUUAACGUCAAUGUUAUUCUCGGCAAGAUGAAGGAAUGUGACCAGGAGAAAGCCGUCAUGUUUAAGGUGGUCACAGAAAAGGUUUUGCAAGGCAUUUCGUCACAACAUUACGAAGUUUACGUUGUUUUGAAAAGCUUGGAAAAAAUGGUCGAAGUUGUCGAUGCCGUGGAAGAGGGUAUGUGUUCAUUUAUAAUUUGCUUUAUAUCAAGUGGAGUAAGAUCAUCUUAUUACCAUAAUUGCUUUCAAGCAAAGUUGUUUACAACAAUGUUGCAAUUGGACAACUUUACGUUUCAUAUGUCAAAAUAGUAAUGACAUAGGGACGUAACUUUGUGUUUUGCAACGGUCAUUUUCUCAUCCGUGUUGAGUCAAGACAAUAACAAACCUAAAUUACAAAUUCCUCUUUGGCACUUUUGCUGUUUUAGUUAGUAUUUUUAUUUCAUUGUAUUAAUAAAAUGUAUAUAUAAUAUAUUGUUAAAAUAUACCUUUGUUUUAUACAAUAGACCAAAUAUUAGUCCUUGUAACCUUAUUUUCGAUUUGUUAUACAAAAGCCUGUGGGCAAUUGUGGUUUCUAUUGCAAAUUGUUUCAAUAAUAUUAUAAUAAUUCAAUUUAAUAAAGGAUUUUCUCGUCUGGAGUUAGCCAAUCAGAGCUUACCGUACGACUGGGCGGGACCUUGGUACAACUGCUUAGAUAACGAGGGCUUCCUCGUACUGCCCGCAGUACAUCAACGAAUGAGGGGACUGGGCUACGAAGCCAUUACGGAACUACAUUCUCACCACUUUCUCGAAAAUGUACGGGUUGCGGAAGAAGACUUAAACAGCAGCAAAUUUCGAUUUCAGUUCAACUCUAAAUUUCACGGAAAUAUUGUGGUUUAUAUCAUUCCGGCCAUCGAGAUUGAAGUUAGGCCUCGCUGCCUCAGAACUGAUGUACCGGUAAAUUUACAAAACAUUUUGUUGACGGCAAGCGGUUCAUGGGGGUCCAAGGCGGACGACCCGCGCCGGUCACUGUGGCAUGUCUCAUUACUCAUGAUCAAGAAUGAAGUGUUUGCCCACAUGGACUGCCCGGGUGGGUUUCGCCGGUUAGUCCGAGGUGUACUGCAUUUAUUAUGCGAGAAGUACGUACAUUACCCGGUCACCCACAAACUUGUCGAUGCGCUUUUCUUGUGGAACUUGUGCGCGCAUGCAUCGGAGGAGGACUGGGUUCUAGACAAGCUGGCCGCGCGUGUUUUGGAAAUCUUAGAGAACUUGAGACGAGCAUUACGUAAUCAUCGCGUGAGGAACUAUUUUAUGCCUCAGUAUAAUAUGUUAGCCGAUUUUGAUGGACUCAAGUUGGAUAAAGCUGCAGAAAGAGUGCAAUCUCUGAUGCAGAAAUUGAAAGAGAACCCAUACAGCUUACAGCUUUUUGCAACGUGAAGCAUUAAGAAUUAUACAUUCAUUGUGUGAAUUUAGAGGUGUAAUUCUCCUCAUCAAUAAUAGAGAGUUUUGGCAAAUACAAUGGCAAUGGAAACGUGCUCAACAACAGCACUGUCAGGAGCAUCUUUACUAAGACAAAGGCGACUAUAAUUUGCAUUCUUAAGCAUUCUAGUACGCCGUAGUUGUCCAAACUGCUACGUUAUUUACAUCAUUUUCACGGCUCAUAACCACGCCAACACUCACAGAGUAAAACGUUCAAGUCUUUUGCGGUGUUUUAUGUGAAUUCACUUACUAUUGCUACUUCAGGGAAUUUCAGGGUUGUUUAAAAGGAAGAUGAGUGCUUUUAAAAGUUUAGUAAUGUAUGUUUUAAUUGGUUCGCAUAUAAAAGUAUAAGUAAUUUUGUUUCCUGCCGUUGUUGGUUGGCAAACUCAGUAAUAUUCGUAGUGUAAUAUAUGGAUUACAAUACUGGAUUGUAAUAUAAGCGUCAUUUAAUUAAGGACUAAGCCUAAGGUGCAUUCGACACAAAACCAUUUAAUUUAAACGAAUAAACUUUUAAAACUGCAGACUACACUGUAAUAUUGACUCAAACAUUUAAGUAAAAUAAAUCUUUACUCAAAGAGUAAAUUUGC